AUGGAGCGAUGCAGAGAGUUGGAGAAGGAGGAGGUCGUCACAUCUCGGUGUAUAUGUGUAACCAGGGACAGCAAGCUGACCAUGUUGCUAAGGGAGUCGCUAGGCAACAUGAACUGCCGGACCACCAUGAUUGCUCACAUCUCAGCCUCACCCAGAGAUUUCUCAGAAACCCUCUCCACCAUCCAGAUUGCUUCCCGGGUCCUCCGCAUGAAAAAGAAGAAAACUAAAGUCACCGUGCAAUACACCUCCAGCUCCUCUGGUGGCGAAAGCUCCUGUGAGGAGGGCCGCAUGCGUCGUCCUACCCAUCUCCGGCCUUUCCAUCAGCGCGGUGACACCGACUCUGACCUCCCCUUGCUGCGACUGUCCAGUGACCCUGAUGAAUACUCCAGCAGCGAGCAGUCCUGCGACACAGUGAUCUAUGUGGGCCCAAACGGGGCUGCAGUGUCCGAUAGAGAGCUGACGGACAAUGAAGGGCCGCCAGAAUUUGUUCCGAUAAUUCCUGCUCUGCUUCGAGGAAAAUCAUAGCAGAUUCAGACACAAAGCCAGACGGCCGGAGCGCAAAGCAAGUCUCAGCCAGAGGAGCAGUCGGGUGGUCCCGCUCAGCCCCUGUCGCAGGCCUCUCAGUCACUACUGGGUCAACCGUUGGCCCCCGUCCCAGAGGAGAGAGCUGAAUGCUUGAAGUGCAACACAUUUGCUGAGCUGCAGGAGAGACUGGACUGCAUUGAUGGCAGUGAAGAGGUGGCUAAGUUUCCUUUUGAAGAGGUUACAGUGAUUAAACAAGGUUCCAAACAAGAGCCAUGUCUAUCCUCAUCUCCAUCCUCUACCCCAGCUCUACCCAGCUCUGCAGCUGUGUUGGAUUCAGAAACAAAAACAGACUCUGCCGUAGGAGGAGCGGGGCAGUGCGUCUCCUCAGCAACAAGUGCCUCCAAGAGGAGGACCAAUGACCAGCAACUGCAGGAAAUCAAGGAGGUGGUGGAGGAGGCAGAGCUGGCUCAGACAAUGAUUCACAGCCUGGCUCAGAGUUCUGGAUGUCCCAUAGUCACGAGUGCCAGGAGUGUUACAGGAAGCAGCAACAUCACCUCAAACUCUCUGCACAAGACCAAGAGCGCCCACCUCCAUGACAGUCGUGAGAGUUUGAAUCUGGUGAGCUGUAAUUCUGACGGCAAGGCACGCCCUCUGGGAUCGCCGCGCCUUGGUAUCGCCAGUCUGACCAAAACGUCAGAGUACAGGCCUCCAUCCUCGCCAUCCCAGCGCUGUAAGGUGUACACCCAGAAGGGCGUUAUGCCGGCAACUCCCCCUCUGUCCUCACACACCCUGGCUCAGGACGGCCAGACCGCAGAGGCUUUGACCUCAGACAACAGUUUGGCUGCAGACAGCGGUCGUUCCUCCACAGAGUCCCUGCUGUCCAGAACUUCUCCUGCCGGCAUGAGCCCACAAGUCCGAGAGCCAACUGCGUCUUUGUCUGCCAGCCUUGGCUCAGCUGAGACUCUCUGCGACGAUGACGUCCCUCCGAUACCUCUGGACACUCACCUCGUAGCUGCAGGACCGGCUGUGUCUGUGGUAGCAGUUGGACCUGUUGUGCUUGGCGAGGAUGAGCCGAUGUACGCCGUGGUUCCUGGAGUCGCAGAGGACCAAAGUGUCACAGCUGAGGUUCAGGGCUCGGUCUGUCGGCCAACCAGCAUCAUGAGUUUCGGCAGUGACUGUGACUCAGUCACCGCUCUGGCGUCGCGCUCUCAACCCAUCAGCAACUUGAGUGAUCUGGCUUUGAACAGGGCUGUGGAGGGUUAUCAAAUGCCCGCAUGUCCCGUCACAACCUCAGGAGUGACGGAAGUCGUUGCAAUGGCAGAGGUGGCAAUGGCCAAGCUGCGGAAUGAAGGUGAAGCCAUCGUCACAGGACUGUCUACCUGUGGUUCACCCAUCACCUCCUGGAUGAGCGACCUGAGUAUGGGCAGUGAAGCUGACCAGUCUCUCCACAGUUUCAGCCAGUCCCAGAGCCAGCAGGGAGAAGCUCUAGCAGACCCUGACCCCAACCAGAGCUUUGGAGUAGAUGGCUUUGGUGAAUAUGAAAGCAGCGGCAGAUCACGAAGAGGGAGCAUGGAGGGAGAACUGGUCCUGUCAGAAAACCUGAGUGAUAAAAGCACUCCUACCAAAGACAGACUUAGAAAGCUGCCUCCCUCCAUGGCUAAAACUAACAUCCAAAUUCUCACGGGACCUACAAACAUCUCUCCUUUCAAGAGCAGUGUCAGUGGUCAGCCGUGUGUGGCUGUCAAACCCAUGGUCAUACAGGAACCCACCAUCAUCUCCUCACCAACAAAGACCAACCUGAUGAAAGACCCGGUCAAGUGCAACGCAGCACUCCUGGCUUCCAUCUCCAGUGAGAUGAGCUUUGAGGACCCCUGGCUGAAACGCGGCACAGAGGAGGGAAAGUCCAGGGAGCUGGUGUGUGAAGUGAAACCCGAGAAGAGAGAGGCUGAAUCCUUUAAGAGCAAAACUGAUGAAAGAGCUGUAUGCGGGAACGACCAGACUCUGCGGAGGGUAAGACAUGGUGGAGAUCAUGGCAGCUCUAGUUCAGGCGGGGAGGUGGUGUCUUCUCCAGACUCCUUUAAAAGAGUGGUGGAUGGUUGUGAGAUGGUUGCUGUUAUCCAAGGUGAAGGCUUCACAAGUAUCUACAGCCCUGAUAUUCAUCGCACAGCCAGUCUCCCACGUGGCUGGCAUCGUCUUAACCGCCAUGACGGUUUAGACAAUGGCACCGAGUACUGCAACCUCGGGGUCACCACCUCCACUCCCUGUAGUCCCCGGGCUACGCUGGACCGCUGGGGAAAGCAGGGCUUUUUCUCCCAGAAGAAGGGAGGAAUCCCACCCCUUCCACCAGUGCGAAAGUCAAGCCUUGAUCAACGGAACAGGGCAGCCAGUCCUCUUCACCUGUCCAGCCAUGGCGUCUCGUCUCUUGGCAGCUCACAAGAUGAUGCGGGGAUAUCUGGAAGCGGUGUUACCAGACAGCGUGGCUCCAGCAUAGACAGCAGUAGACUUUUCAGUGCCAAGCUGGAGCAGCUUGCCAAUAGAACUAACUCUCUUGGCCGAGUCCACAGUUCACACAAUGGAUCCCACCAUUACGACUGCUUCUCCCUGGAGAGAGGGGAGAGCCUGAAAGGGGGAGGAGUCAGGGGGGACAGCACCAUGCCUCGCACUGGACGAAGCCUCACCCGUGCCGGAUCGGUUUCCUCCCCAAGUGGAAACGCCAGCAGCCUCAGUCUCAGUGGGAGCCCCGGUUCCAGCAGCGCUCCACAGUCUCCAGCCAAGACCAGCGGUCAGUCAAAGAUCUCAGCCGUCAGUAAGCUGCUGAUGACCAGCAGUCCUAAAUCCAGGAGCCUGUCUGCCUCCAGCACCAAGACUCUGAGCUUCUCAACCAAGUCUUUAAGCCAAACGUCCAGCCGCAGCUCCAGCCUUCCACCGAAUGGAAAGCCACAGAGUUCAGCCCAGGGACCUCUGCAGCAGCAGGAGAGACCUUCUACUGGGUCUUGGUCUACGCAGUCUCUGAGCCGCAGUCGAGGGGGAAGUCUGACUGCCAAAUUGCCUCUCCGUGCUGUCAACGGUCGAAUCUCAGAACUCCUCCAGGGAAGUGCAGUCCGUUCGAGGAGCCAUGCCCAGGGAGGAGGCACAGAUCCAGCUGAGGAAAGGGGAGUCACAGGAGCAAGCGGCGGGGGAGCUGGUGCAGGAGGCGUUGGUGGAGAUGCCCCAGGAGAAGAGAGGGCAGCAGUGGUCCAAACACUGCCCUCUCCCUACAGCAAGAUCACGGCUCCCAGAAAACCUCACCGGUGCAGCAGCGGCCACGCCAGUGACAACAGCAGUGUGCUGAGUGGUGAGCUCCCACCUGCCAUGGGGAAGACUGCCCUCUUUUACCACAGCGGAGGCAGCAGUGGCUAUGAAAGCAUGCUGAGAGACAGCAGCGAGAACACCGGGAGCACCUCCUCCGCUCAGGACUCCCUCAGUGAACACAGUUCAGCUACCACCUCCUCCCGACGGAGCUCCAAAAGCAGCAAGAAGAGCAGGAGCAACACAGGCCUUCAGCGUCGACGUCUGAUCCCCGCUCUGACCUUGGACUCAUCAUCUUCAUCACCAUCUCACCGCUCCUCCAAGCAGGCUGUCACGUCAUCCUCUUCGUCCUCUUCCAGCCCAGGGGCAUGCUGGGUAGAUGGACCACUGGGACCUCCUGCACCCUCAAAUCUUCGGGGUGCAGCUGCCACGACCGAGACCUUUGAGAUCAAAGUUUAUGAAAUUGAUGACGUUGAGCGGCUACAGAAGAGGAAGGACAAAGGAUGGAACAAGGAGGUGGUGUACGUCAGUGCCAAGCUUCGCCUGCUGGAGCACCGCCAGCAGCGCAUCAGUGAAGUCCGAGCCAAGUACCAGUGUCUGAAGAAAGAGCUGGAGCAAACCAAGCAAUACCUGAUGCUGGAGCCGCACAAGUGGACCAAUGAGUUCGACCUGCAGCAGCCCUACGAGGUGGACUCACUGGAGUAUCUGGAAGCUCUGGAGACCGUCACGGACAAACUGGAGACCAGAGUGAACUUCUGCAAAGCCCACCUCAUGAUGAUCACCUGCUUCGAUGUGUCCUCAAGACAUCGGUACAAAUGAAGGGACGAAGAUACAAACACUGCUAGACUUCUAUUGUGAGAC